AUGUUUAGACAAUCAGUUGUAUGUAUUAACAUUGAGUACCGAAGUGUAUUGAUGGCUUUUUCGGAGCAUGGAAAUAACGAAAAACAUCAAUUAUGAUGAUUCUCCAACCGGGUGAAUUUACUAACAAAAUUAUUCAGCGUAGCUUAAGUGCCAGAAGACUUUUUUCUAUUAGUCCACAAAGAAGUAACUUAGUUUCUGAUUUAUAUAUUCAACAAAUCAAAGCAUUCAAACCAACUCCAUUAUCUAACAAAGACGCUGAAAGCUCUGUUAAAUCAUUUCAAUUACCAAACAAGCCAUCUGUCCCAGAAUCUGAAAUUUCUGCUGAUGCUUUAAGUCAAUAUGAAUCAUCUGACGUUGAAACUGCAGCUGCUGAACCAUCUUCUGCUGGUGCUGAACCUGCUGCUGAAGAAGACUGGUUUGUCUUUGAAGAAGAAGAAGAACACCACUAA